CAGCACCAUUGGAUUAAAUAGUUCGUGAACAUUGUUUUCAUGGCUGUGAGACAUGAAUAACCAUAAUCAUAACAAUCACUACAGCACACAUUCUAAACACAAAUCAGAGGUAGGGUUUUGUUGAUGAUUUUUUAUGUAUUUGUAAUUAUUAUUCUUGCAACGCAAAAUAAAACAUUUUCCCUACUUCUAAUACUGAGUCCCGAGUGUUAUGAAGUAUAAAAAUAAAAAGGAGAGUGAGAGUAAUGAGUAUUGUAUUAUUAUUUUACUUAAAUUUUACUAAACUGUACUGUGUAUGAGUACUCCAGUCAAAGCACCUCGACUACGAAAUUUAAUAAGAAGAUUUGCUACUACUUACUACUAAUAAGCAUUGUGCUAAUUGUACUGUGUGUAUGACUACUUCAAAGCCAAGGCCAAAGCACAUCGAAAUUUGAUGAGAAAAUGUCGCUACUUUUACUUAAUAUUUUAAAAUAUUUACUUAUUUCAUUUCAAGUCAAUUCGAAAUUCAGAAGUAAAAAAAAAAAAGUGUAUUCAGCAUAUCACUACAUUACGUAGUUUGGAUCCAGUGAGACCUGUGCAUUCCUUCUACUUUAACUUUAAUCAUAACCAAUGUUCCCUCUAAGGUUUGUUGGUUCAUGUGCAAAAUCAUAAAGUUGUGUGCAAAUUUUUACAGCAUCAAUUUUUUUUGUGUGCAAAAUUUUACAGCCUACAGACACAAACACACACUUAAGUGGAAAUUAGCUGCGAGGUACUCGAAACUACUGCACCAUGUCUGUGAGAUUGAAGCGCGGCUGCGCAGCCGCACGGCCGCGUAGCUUAUAGGGAACAUUGAUCAUAAAGCUAAGGCCUAUUUGUAAAAACUUGAGUGAUUGUGAAUGAGUGACAUCAUUCAGUCAUCAUUUAAAAAAAAAAUUAAAUUGAUCUGAAAAUUCCUAGUGUGGAUGAACACAGAAAAAAAAGUCUUACAGAGUGUGCUUUUUUGAAGCGAUAUCGUCUAAAUUCUGGCACAGUAAAAUUCUGGAACAGUUUACCUCAACCUUUAGGGCGAUUAGAAAAUGAUCAAAAAUCAUUUAAGAAACAUUUAAAGAAUUUUUUGUUUAAAUAGAUUUAAGAACACCAGAGCGUAGUGAGCAUGCUAAAGUAGCAUGGAUACCAGCGCUAUAUAAAUAUCCAAUCAAUCAAUCAAUGGCCCUUGCAUAUGAUUGGGUUUGUGUCACAACUUCUUUGUAUCAAAGUUUGUUGGCCCUAAGUUAGUAUAAGCCUAAGUUGCUCACAUCACCAGUCAUAUGCAUAUUUUUUAUGUCCUUAGCCUUAGCUUUGACAUAUGUUUCACUACAGUACAGACUAUGACUAUACUAGACUCCACUUUCACAGUCUCAAAAUAGAUUAGGCCCCUAUCUUUAGUUUGUGUUUUCAUACUAGAUUUUGUUGGCCUAUCCAUGUCCAUUACUUUAAAAUGAAUAAACAUGUGCUUCAUGCUCAUAGAAUUGAAAGCAAUGAAACAAUGAGUCAAUUCUUAUUAAAAUAGGAAAAAUCCAGAAGAAAGCGGCGGAGCAACUCUAAAAAUGGAGCACCACCAUGUAACUUUGAUUGGACAAGUGUACGUAAACAUUUACGUUAUUUAAGCCUAUAACUGUCAUAAUGGCCGAUAAUUGGCGUUAUACCCCUUACUGUGGUGUCAUAAUUAAAAAUGGGAUUGCUUUAAUGUAUAGUAUAUUGGUUAAGGGCAUAUCAUUUUAUAUACAUGAGUAAUUGCUUUAAUGUAUAGUAUAUUGAUUAUGGGGAUAUUAUUUUAUAGACAUGAGUCUGCUUCUUAUUUCCAUUACUAUCUGUGUGUUAACAUGCUUUUAUCAGGGAUUUUAACACAAUAAAUUUGGUUGUGAAAUUCGCUCAAUUCUUGACAGCCAUGUCUGAUUCUGGAGAGGAUCCCCCUCUAGAUUGCAAAAUCAACACAGAAUUUCUUUAUUGGAAUUAUUUCAAAUGGAUUAAAGUGCAAGCGAUGAUUUCAAAGAGAUGUCAUGUGCUAGUAAUGACAGUAUUAACUCUAGCCUCGAGGUGAUGGCAACAUUAAGAGCUGGGUGGAUAUGGACAAUUUUAGCCCUAAGUCCUAAGCUUAAUCCUUAAGUAAAAUUAUUACAGACAAAUUUGUUUGGGAAAGGGUGAAAAUCAAACAGAAAAAGACAAAGAUUGGAUCCUGAAGAGAUUCAAAGAUGUUUGUGUAUGUUCUAGAGUAUUAAUAAAAAAAAAGGAUUUAAUGACUUCAAUUCAAAAGGAAUUUUUGAACAAAUUUUGUGCCUCCCUCUUGUAUUUUUUAUGACAGAAAUUUUCAGGUAGUGAAUAAGAAAAUUUCACCAAUAUUUCAAUUUACACUAAAAGUACCUAUAACUUAACAUUUUCUGAAAGAAUAUUGCUUCUAGUAUCUCAAAAACUCGGUUUUAUGAUAGUUUGAACAGUUAAUCAAGUAUUAAAUUGCGUUGAAUUCAGAAGUUGAGAAGUAAAAUUGUUCUCACUCUGUAAAUGUCAAGGUCAAUAUACAUCAACAUACAUAAUAUAAAAAAAAAUUUUUUUCAUACCAUAAAAUUCUUCAUCCAAUGUCAUUUCAGAAAAUGUAUACUUGUAGGGGUCUUGUUGAAUUCAUUUAGUCUGGGAUUUUGUCAUUUUUGACAAGUAUAUGAAAAUGCUAAAAAUGGUAUAUAGGCCUAUAAGGUUAAAUUGGAUUUAUUUUUAAGUAAAUGUGGAAUAAUAAACUAAAAAAGUGAAGUAUUCAAUAUGAUGUGUUAAUUGGGUUAUAAAAUAUUUGAGUCUCCUUAAAUUUUUAGAUUCAAGGGUUACAGACUAGGCAAUAUCUGUAAAAUAAUAAAUGUAUUUUUCAAAGUCCGCACUUUGUAGGCUACCAUCCUUUUAUAAAAUUGAAGUCCAUUUAUAAAUUUUCAAGGUCACUUCUGAAACUAUUUCAGAAACUUUAUGAAAAAUAUUAAUGUAUAAACCAUCAUCUCUUCAAUUAUAUUAUGUUUAAUCAGGAAAAUUAUGCAGUAAAAAAGAUGUUAUAAACUUUGCCUAAUUUUGUGCUUUAAAUUAAAGAUUGUCAAGAUCAUUUGGAAGAAAGAGUGCUAUGUUUAAUUGUGUUAUAUUAACUUGGUAAGAAACGAGCUUCGUCAUGAAGAGGAAACAUAUUUGAUAACCAUAUAUUUAUAUUUUAACCAGUAAAUGGCCAGGAUUUGAGUUCUUAAAGAGGUUUCCUUUUUUUUGGUUGCUAUUUAUAGAUAAUCUUUCUUAAUCCCAAGACAUAAUCUUUGAAAUUCUAUUUUAUCUUCACAGAUAUCUCAAAAUACUUAUGAAGAUGAUGCUGUGAUUAACAAAAAAUUGCCAAAGGAGCUUUUACUCAGGUAAAAAAAAACAGCAUUUAUUGGACAUUUAAUAAAAAAUAAUUCUAUAUGAUGUUAAGGUUAACUCACUAAAGCUUGAUGUAGAUUACUCAAUUAAAUGUUUUAGCUAUCACUUUGGCUAAGUGUUAAAUUUUAAAUGUGAUAAUUGUCACUUUGGCUAAGUGUUAAAUUUUAAAUGUGAUAAUUGUCACUUUGGCUAAGUGUUAAAUUUUAAAUGUGAUAAUUGUCACUUUGGCUGAAUAUUAAAUUUGAUAAUUGUCACUUUGGCUAAAUUUUAAAUGUGAUAAUUGUCACUUUGGCUGAAUAUUAAAUUUGAUAAUUGUCACUUUGGCUAAGUUUAAAAUUUUAAAUGUGAUAAUUGUCACUUUGGCUAAGUGUUAAAUUUUAAAUGUGAUAAUUGUCACUUUGGCUGAGUUUUAAAUUUAAAUUUGAUAAUUGUCACUUUUGCUAAGUUUUAAAUUUUAAAUGUGACAAUUGUCACAUUUGAUGACAUGCAUUUGUGUUGACAUCUUAUUAGUUGUAUUCAUUAGACGACCUUACACAUGUAACACAGCUGUGUUUGUUUAUGAUAGUUUUAAGUAGAAUGUUGCAAUUUGGUAGGUACAUUAGUGUAUAGACACAUGUAACUUGUUAAUGCAUAUACAUAACCAUUACUUUGAUUUCCACCAGGAUAUUCUCUUACCUUGAUGUGGUGUCAUUAUGUCGCUGUGCCCAGGUCUCCAAGGUAUUUCAUGACAUUUUGUUUGUUCAUAGCCAUGGAGGCUUGUUAUUGCCAGGGAAAUUUAAAUUGUUCAUUUGAACAUCAAGUAACUUUAAUUUCUAAUUAUCGCGAGGGGUGCCUCUAAGCAAACAAAAAGUCUUAUUAUAGUAAUAACAAAUUUUUUGUUUCUUUUGUUGAUUAACCUCAGGUAUUUGUUGUUUCAGUACUGGAACAUGCUGGCCCUGGAUGGCAGCAACUGGCAAAAAAUUGACCUCUUUGAUUUCCAGACUGACAUUGAGGUAAUUCACUCAUUCUAAAGUUACAAAACAAAACAUUUAGAAAGCUCUUUUAAAAAGGUUGUGUCAUUGGGGAUAUAUGUCAAAUUGAAUUUUUGCACAGAUGACAGGAUGUGUGUUUGGGGAUAUGUCAUACUUCAAUUUCUGUACAAAUGACAGGAUUUGUAUUUGAGCUUGUUCUACAAAUACUUUUAUGUAAUAGACAAGCGGCAGUGGUUGGGUAUGUGAUAGACAAGCGGCAGGGGUUGGGUAAGUGAUAGACUAGCGGCAGUGGUUGGGUAUGUGAUAGACAAGCAGCAAUGGUAGGGUAUGUGAUAGACAAGGGGCAGUCGUUGGGUAUGUGAUAGACAAGCGGUAGUGGUUGGAUAUGUGAUAGACAAGCGGCAGUGGUUGGGUAUGUGUCACAAAUUAUUUUUCUUCUCUGUUGGUCAGGGUCGAGUGGUAGAGUACAUGUCACAACGAUGUGGUGGUUUCCUCAAGUCUCUCAGCUUAAAGGGCUGUCAGAGCAUAACAGAUGGGGCUUUGCAGUAAGUCUGUACAUGGACCCAUCAUUUCUGUGGUUUCCGAAUGUCAUUUGUUUUUGUGGCUCCCAACUGUCAUUUUUUUCUGUGGCUCCCAACUGUCAUUUGUUUCUGUGGCUCCCAACUGUCAUUUGUUUCUGUGGCACCCAACUGUUAUUUGUUUCUGUGGCUCUCAAAUAUCAUCAUCAUCAUAUGAAUUACCACUGAUAUAAUACGAAUAAAUCAUAUAAUUUAAGCAAUGUCUUCACAACAAAAUAAAAUAUUCUCAACUAGUUAUUUAAUAGCCCGCCAAACAUCGGCGACAAUGUGUGAACUUCCCAUUCACUAAAGUUACUUGACAAAACAUGAACUCGAGUAUAAAACAUUUAUGAAUUCCAAUUUUUGUUACACACACACCCUGACCAACAUGAUACUUCACUGCACACUUUUUUUUUCACGCCCAAGAACUAUAUUAAAUAUUCUGAUGUCCCAAACACUUUUAAACUGAAUAUUUGUUUUUACACCAUACUUAAAUUGAGACGAUUUCAUUUAUUAAAAAAUAUUACGCACCAAACGAAGUUGCGUUAUUAAAAAAAUAUAAAUGAUUUAGCGUAGUUCUCGGGAAUUAUAUUUUGCGCGCUACUGAACUCAUUAUCUGUAUAUAGCCUAAGUGGUGGUGGUGUUUGACCUUUGCUGGUGAAUUAUAUAUAUAGAUUCCAAAUAUUUCAAUUAUUUAAUUGUAGUUAGUGUCAUUGAUAUGUGGUCUAAGCAUAUUUGUUAUAUUAAAAGUUCACUUCAUUUGAACUACCUUAACAAACAAAACAAUUAAGCUUCAGUAGGUAUUUCAAUGACUUAGUCAGUCCCACAACAAAAAACAAUUUUAUAAUCAAUUUUAGUAUAUUUUAAUUCCUUUAUUAAAUAUCAUUCCAAUCCCCAUAUUUCUUUGCAAUAAAUUAUUUUUUGUAUACAGCUGACAAAAAAUAAAUCAGUUGUUGAUCAUAAGAAUGUUACUCAAAUGGGUCACACCUCUUUAUAUUUUUCAUUUUGAUUUCAGAAAUUUUGCUCAACAAUGUAGACACAUAGAAACAUUAAUCUUGAGCAAGUGUACAAGUAUCACAGAUGUGUAAGUAGAUUUUGAAGGAUUACUUCAUGUAGUUGGCAAGGUCCAUGAGUUGCAUAAUGUACAUUUUGUUUAUUCUAAUAUUCAAUAGCUCACUAUCUCGUCAUGGUAGUUUUGCAAAAGGUGGGGGUUGGGUUUGUUGUUCACUCUGUCACAAUGAGAACUCUUAUUUUACCGCUGUAGGGGUGUCAUGGUCAUGAGAUUUGGUCCUAUGAAGCCAACAUUGCUGGGUAUGACACAGAAUUCUGUUACCUUGUUUAAGAGUCUGAGUUGAGUACACACAUUAAUCCAGAGUUAGCGUGGCAAAAUUGUCAAAAUGAGAACCUGAAUCUGAUCAUGUUUUUAUAGAUGUGUGUAUAUAUGUGAUAAUUCUGGGAGUAUAAAUGCUACAUUGGCCUUUGCUGCAACAUAUGACCCAGAAACAUUACCUCUAUUUUUCAGAACAUGUGAAAGUUUAGGAAAAUACAGUUCUAAAUUACGUAAACUGGACCUGUCGUCAUGCCCAGAUAUUACAGAUGCCUCUUUAAAAUAUCUCAGGUAUUCAAGUACUAGGGGUAUCAGUAUUUACGUUCAAAUGCAUUGAUAGUUGUGCUGAUAAAUAUGUAAGGACCAGCCUGUAAAUAAUACUCUGUUGCAUAAUGAAUUUUAAAAAGACUUUGGUAAAUAACCAACCAAAAAAUGUUUUGCAUUGGGUCUCUAUUUAGUGCCAAUAAAUUAAAAUAAGAUCCAUAUAAAUAACUUAGUGAAGUACACCGUAAAAUAAGAUCUUUAGAGUUUCAGCAAGGGGUGUAAUUUAUUUCAACAAAAUGAAGUCUCUAGUUUUUUUCCCUUCAUUUAAUUUAGCAUUCAGCCUAACAGGUCAUUAAAUAGAAAUCUACAUCUUACAUUGUCAGAAAAAUUGACUCCUUUUUGUCUUAUUGAGGGAUCAAUAAUAGUCUUACCUUAACUUUGACAUCAGAGUCACUGGGCUGACAAUCAACAUUUACAUUACAGAUUUAAAAGUCACACUUGUGCUUCCUCCAGCGCCCCCCCCCCCCUUUUUUUUUUUUGUUCAGAUAAUUUUCUUAGACACCCCCAGUGCUAUUUCAGUUAUUCAACCUCUUCCAACCCCACCCCCUUCCCCACGAAUCAAUUUAUUUAUACACAAUUAUGACAUCACAUUAAAAAACAUUUGUCACAUUUUUUCACCUUCUUUGUUGAGCCCAGUGUUUCUACUCCACCCUGGAGUGCCGCGUUGCCUCUGGGCAGGGCCAUGCCAAAGACACAAUCCUAUAUUUAAUAAAACUGUAACUACUGUCUCAAAGAAGUGUAUUUGUUAGAAUUUUAUGUAGCGUACCUGGUGAAAACCUAACUUUGGCAAGGGUGCCGAAAAUUUAAAAACAGUUCUAGGGACCGCUGGCGUAGCCACACAAAAUUAACUAAAAAUGUCACAAUUAACUAAAAAUGUCAUGCAAAGGAACUUACAGAGGGGUAUCCCAUAAACAAUGACACAAACUAGAUACAUGUACCACACUGUAAUCAUAAAUUAAUGGGAACCCCCCCCCCAACACACAUAUCAACACUUUUUCCCAUAAAUGUGUGAUACCAUUUAUGAUGGCUUCCAAGGCAAAUGGUGGACUAAAUAUUACUGUUGCUAUUGUAAUUCCAUUGUGAUACUGGUAUCUAGCAUGUUAACUUGUGAAAACACAAAGCCACAGUAUGAUGACAAUAACAAAACAUUGCAUGGUAUUUUUAAAGCCUUUUAGAGCUAUAAAUAGGCUAUUUAUAGACAGUCUGAAUUUUAGGAUAAGUCUUGCAGAGUUGUUAUAUUUUGUUUUUAAUAAAUGUACAUAAUUUCUGCCGAGAAAGCCCCAUACCCUCCGAAAAGUUGUUGGCGUGAAUCCAUUAAACAAAAGUAGUGGCUUGACUGCAGUAAACAGGUAGUUUCGGACAAGAUGUCAAUAUAUUCAUUUUUGUUGUAAAGUCUGUUUUUAAUAUUGUAUGUUGCAUAUUCCAGUAACACAAGUCCCAGCAGCACUGGCCAGGUAAGGGGCUGUCCUCUUUUGGCCUAUUUGGAUGUGUCAUGGUGUAACAAUGUAACCAAUGAAGGUGUCAUAGCGCUGGCUCAAGGUUGUACAAAAAUCAACACGUUUUUCUGCCGAGGCUGCACUCAGGUUGGUCAUUGGUAUAUUUACUGACUAAAGAUUAUAAAACUUGUGUGUAGUCUAGAGACUGACCGAAUGAGAUUUCCUGAUGCUGGCCGAAACCUAAACCAAACUGAAAGUUAAAAUGACUUUCUGUCAAGGCUGAAACCAAACGCUUUACAAGAAUUUUGGCCGAAACCGAAAGUUUAAGAUAAUUUUAAACUCGUUGGCGCAUAUGUGCUGCAAAAUCUUAAAAUGAUUGGUGGGGGGGGGAGUAUCUAUAUUUAUAUUCUUUUUAUCAAAGAUGAGAUUAUCGUGAAUUUUAAUAGAUAAAGAUCUAAUGAAUAUUUUGGAUUUUACUUUUUGAAUUAAAAUUUAAAUUGGUUAAAAACAUUAAAGUAGUGUGGUAAGAUAAAAUUUUGAUGGUGGGGGGGGGGGGGGGGGAAAAAAUUUAUUCCAAAUAGACCCCUGUGUGCCAUUCGAUUCUAUAAUAUAAUUACAAUGCUACCUAGUCAUAUUUGAGAUUGAUCGAAAGCGUAGCCUAUGUAUUUUUUUAUUGGUAUGGCCCACUAAAAUGGCAUAACAUAAGCCUUGAAGGAAUUCUUUUUUCCACUAACCUAGACAUUUUUGCUGACACACGCUUCCUUAUUGGUCUCCACAUCAAAAUUUUUCAGUUAUACGCAUUCAUCGGCUAAUUUUAUAUUUGACCCAAAAUUAAUGAAAAGUUGAGCGAAUGUUGAACUAUGUUUAGUAUCAUUAUACAGUUACAGACCUGGUUACUCUGGAAUUCCCAAUAUACUACAAUAUAGUCUCAGAAUAGUACUUUACCAUUUCAAAAUCGUACAUUACCGUUAUGUAAUAGUAAAUAAAUAAACAUACAAUAACUAUUAACAUCACAUGUCUAAUAAAGGUCAAAGGUCAUAUCUUAAAAGUAGAUGACUGACGUUUAUAUAUUUAUAUACAGUGAAUAUUCCAAAUAAAAAGGUCCCCAUUGGUUGCCUCUUUGAAAGGCGGAGAUGUGGGGGAGAGGGGAGAUGUGGGGGGGAGGGGAGAUGUGGGGGAGAGGGGAGAUGUGGGGGAGAGGUGAGAUGUGGGGGAGAGGAAAUUGAGGAAGCCUGCUGAAUGAGCCCCCAUCCCAGAUCAUUGUUUAUAAAUUCAAAAUGCAGCGAUGCAUGGGGGGGGGGGGGGGGGGGGGGGGGGGGGGGGGGGGGGGGGGGGGGGGGGGGGGGGGGGGGGAGAGGGGAGAUGUGGGGGAGAGGAAAUUGAGGAAGCCUGCUGAAUGAGCCCCCAUCCCAGAUCAUUGUUUAUAAAUUCAAAAUGCAGCGAUGCACUUUUGUGUAUACCAGAAUAUAGUUUUGUAUCAUUCUAGACUUAAUGGUAAUGGUUGUGAAAAAUUGGGUGCCCCUUACCAUCGCUUUGUUUACAUAAAUCCUUUUUAUUUUUGUAGUACAGAAGUUAAACAAAUUUAACUUUAAGCUAUUUUUAAAAACCAGUUCAAAAUAGGAAAAUAGGGGUUGGUUCACCAAAAUGACGCAUACUGUUCCCAAAAAAGUGAUGUACAUAAAUAAACAAAAUAACAUGCGUUUUAUGCCAUUAAGCCUAGGUGCCUGAAUUAAUUUUCCAUAAACAUAUUGUGGUCUGAAACUACUGCAAGCUCACUAUAUUGUUGAGAAUGCAUUUUGAAAAAAAAAUAUGUAGUCUUGAAAGAGGAGCGCAGAUUCCACGCCUAUGGAAUUAUUCAAAUCAUCCAUGCAAUGUGCACGUCUGUCAGUGUAGCCAAAUUUGAAUGCCAGAGCUUUAUUGGAGGAUGGGGCAUAUAUAUAUUAUUUUUACAUACAAAGAGUGGGGGGGGUGGAGUAGUAUGGAGAUAACAUAUAAUGAUAGCAAGACGUUGUGCAAUAAUGAAUUUUGGAUUGCUGACCGACAGAGUGACCGCCUAACUUCUGGUAGACGACCAUAAACCUCAAUUACUUUCGACCGAAACUGAAAGUAAACCAAAAGUUAACUUUUCUGUUUGUACCAAAACUACGCCAAAAGUGCUCGAUUAGGCCAUUUUGCCGAAACCGAAAUUCAGCCAACCACUAGUGUGGUGAAGGGUUUGAUUUAUUUUUGUUUGUGGUGGUUGGGUUUCUUUGUGUGUGGUUUGGAGGCAAGGAAGGGGGGGGGGGGAGGCCGUUUCUUUGUGUGUGGUUUUAUUUAAAUGUUUUGUGAAAACUUAAUGUAAGAAAUUGUUCAUAUUUAAAGUUGAUACAAUUUUGAUUUCAGAUAAGCAAUGAUGGUAUGUAAUCUUAAUUUCAGAUAGCCAAUGAUGGUAUGUAAUCUUAAUUUCAGAUAGGCAAUGAUGGUAUUGAGAUGUUGGCAACCUGUGCCGAGCAUUUGAUGAAACUUAACGUACAGAACUGUCAGGUAAACCCUACUGCCACCAAACUUCUUGUUUGUCUUAUAGUUUGCAGCUAUGCUCUAGCAAUCCACUGAAAAGAAAGUAAAGCAUAGCAUUUUUGUCUGCUUGAUUAGAGAGCAGUGAGCUGUUCUCUGCCAUUGACUCAGUGCCACUACUUUAUGAUUCAGUCAAAGCAAAACGAUGUCAUUUUUUUAAUUGAUUACAGAACAUCACCGAUGAUGCCAUCAUUAAAAUAGGUUCCAACUGUCCUGGCCUGACACUGCUGUGUGCCUCAAUGUGUAAUCACCUGACUGAUGCUAGCCUGGUCGCUUUAGGGAAAGGUUGUCUUGAAUUAAGGUACCUUACCAUCAACUAGUUAAAAACAAUUGAUAAUUUCUUCAAAUCGUGUCAUAUUUUAACAAUGUUAUAUUAUGUAGAGCUUGUUUAUAACACUUUUUCCCCGUGCGUGAACUUUCUUUGACCUCGCAUUAGACUCCUAGCAGACAGUAACGUUUGCUGUGAGCGUGGUUAAAUCUCUUUGAUGUAUCUUGUUUGCCACCGCCUUCCAAUUAAACAUGGUUAGAAUGUCUACUAGUCUCUUGUCGAAGGUUCUCGAUUGUAUUAGAAAAAUAAGGGCGUUUCUAGACGCGUCGGUAGACCCACAUAUAUAAGGGAUUGACAGGCAGAGAGGGACGGAGAUUCAGAUAGAUAUUUGUAACUUUACGAGAUGUAUAUUAUUCUUUGUGUUCUUAUAUAUGUGUUAUUAGCAUUUCGUCAUUGUACAUUAUUAAUUGGCACAUUGUAAUAACUGUGUAUCGUACAAGAUCUACCUUACUGUAAGUUGAUGAUUUGUAAUGAUAUUUCUUUUGUUUUGUAAUUGUAUUAUUACUAAAUUAAAUCUUACUAAUUGUAUUUGGUACUGUUUUCGGUGUCGUAUUUUUGUCAUUGUAUUUCUCUAUGGUAUCGUCCUUUGUUGUGCACUGCUUGAAUGAGCCAUAACAUAAAACCAGAGAUUAAUUUCUCACAAGAGAAGUCAGUGCGUAACAGUUAUUAUAUUUUAUUUAGUAAGUUUCCAUUUAGAUAUUUUGAAUUUACUCUAGUUCAGCUAAUGAAACAGAAAUAUUCCCUAACCAUGUAUUGGUACCUUACAAUCUGCUGACAUCAUCAUUUCCUUGACUUCUUAGAACUUUAGAGGUUUCCGGCUGCACUCACCUGACUGACAGCGGCUUUCAGGAGCUUACAAGGGUAAACAUCUUCUUUUGUUUUAACUCUUGUAUUUUAAAACUAAUAAGACUAUAGAAGACUUUUUUUUUUAGCUUGGCCAGUCUCACAUUUUAAGUCAACUUUAGCAAGACCUCUUUUAUAUGAUCAUGCCAAAUGUACAUAAAAAAUAAACCAAUAGCAUGACAAAAAUACACAGAUAAUAUAAAAGAGACCUAUAGCAUGACACAGAUAACAUGUGCGUACCCUAGAGGCCAUUCCUCUUCUAGCUAAAUCAACAUACUUUUGGGGAAAAGCUGAAAUAUUUUAAACUGUUUGUAUCCAUUCAUGAAAGUUGGUAUAUUGUACAUUUGAUGUUAUAUGGUAUAAGUCAGUAAACUGUACCUUAGAUGCUAUAUGGUAUAAGUCGGUAGACUGUACCUUAGAUGUUAUAUGGUAUAAGCUGGUAGACUGUACACUAGAUGUUAUAUGGUAUAAUAUUUGCACCAGUUUAUCCAACUAGCUAUUGGUUAAUACUUUUUUUACAUUUCAGAAUUGUCAUAAAUUGGAAAAGAUGGAUCUAGAAGAUUGCAUUCAGGUUUGAGAACUUUAUUAUCAUUUUCUGAUAAAUUUUAAAAAUAUUGAGUGAAAUGAAUGUAAGAAGUAUAGGAGAAGAACCCUUUAGGGCUUGAUCUGUUUGGUCAUUUGAUAGAAGAACCCUUUAGGGCUUGCUCUGUUUGGUCAUUUGAUAGAAGAACCCUUUAGGGCUUGAUCUGUUUGGUCAUUUGAUAGAAGAACCCUUUAGGGCUUGCUCUGUUUGGUCAUUUGAUAGAAGAACCCUUUAGGGCUUGAUCUGUUUGGUCAUUUGAUAGAAGAACCCUUUAGGGCUUGCUCUGUUUGGUCAUUUGAUAGAAGAACCCUUUAGGGCUUGCUCUGUUUGGUCAUUUGAUAGAAGAACCCUUUAGGGCUUGCUCUGUUUGGUCAUUUGAUAGAAGAACCCUUUAGGGCUUGAUCUGUUUGGUCAUUUGAUAGAAGAACCCUUUAGGGCUUGCUCUGUUUGGUCAUUUGAUAGAAGAACCCUUUAGGGCUUGAUCUGUUUGGUCAUUUGAUAGAAGAACCCUUUAGGGCUUGAUCUGUUUGGUCAUUUGAUAGAAGAACCCUUUAGGGCUUGCUCUGUUUGGUCAUUUGAUAGAAGAACCCUUUAGGGCUUGAUCUGUUUGGUCAUUUGAUAGAAGAACCCUUUAGGGCUUGAUCUGUUUGGUCAUUUGAUAGAAGAACCCUUUAGGGCUUGAUCUGUUUGGUCAUUUGAUGCCAGAUGUUUGGUGUAACACUUUGAAUUUAAACCAUUGUAAUAUAGUCAGAAAGCCAGAGACAGAUAGUAGAGGUAAUAGUUGAAUUUAAACCAUUGUAAUGUAGUCAGAAAGCCAGAGACAGAUAGUAGAGGUAAUAGUUGAAUUUAAACCAUUGUAAUAUAGUCAGAAAGCCAGAGACAGAUAGUAGAGGUAAUAGUUGAAUUUAAACCAUUGUAAUAUAGUCAGAAAGCCAGAGACAGAUAGUAGAGGUAAUAGUUGAAUUUAAACCAUUGUAAUAUAGUCAGAAAGCCAGAGACAGAUAGUAGAGGUAAUAGUUGAAUUUAAACCAUUGUAAUAUAGUCAGAAAGCCAGAGACAGAUAGUAGAGGUAAUAGUUGAAUUUAAACCAUUGUAAUAUAGUCAGAAAGCCAGAGACAGAUAGUAGAGGUAAUAGUUGAAUUUAAACCAUUGUAAUAUAGUCAGAAAGCCAGAGACAGAUAGUAGAGGUAAUAGUUGAAUUUAAACCAUUGUAAUAUAGUCAGAAAGCCAGAGACAGAUAGUAGAGGUAAUAGUUAACAAGUCAGAGACUGGAACUACGAACACAUCCACAGACUACUGUCAACAUAUUCACAGACUACUGUCAACACAUCCACUAACUUUAUCAUAAUUAAUAAUGUCAUUGAAGAAAAAGAGAGAACAAAUAAUGUAUAAAAAUCUUUUAUUUGCACAACAUGAGGAAUAUUUGUUAGGUAAAGUGAGCAGUAAUAGAUUCACAAUGGUUGACUCAUUUCACCCUAGCUAAUCAUUGAGUUGAUAAAGUGAUGUUUUCUUGGGUGCACUCAUCAUUUCAGUUUGGAUGUAAAAGUAAAUUGUUUUUGUCUCCAGAUAACUGAUGCAACAUUGGGUCACAUAGCCAGCCACUGUCACCAACUAAAUGCCUUGGUAAGUUAACUCAAGUCAACAUUGACAGCUUCUACGAACAUCUCAUUGACAGCUUCUACGACCAUCUCAUUGACAGCUUCGAUGACCAUCUCAUUGACAGCUUCUAAUACCAUCUCAAUGACAGCUUCUGCAGCCAUCUCAUUGACAGCUUCUAUGACCAUCUCAUUGACAGCUUCUAUGACCAUCUCAUUGACAGCUUCUAAUACCAUCUCAUUGACAGCUUCUGCAGCCAUCUCAUUGACAGAUUCUAUGACCAUCUCAUUGACAGCUUUGACAACCAUCUCAUUGACAGCUUUGACGACCAUCUCAUUGACAGCUUCUAUGACCAUCUGAUUGUGAGAAACAACCAAUAGGAAUAUUUGUUAAUAUAUUUCUUGAGGCAAAUUUAUUCAUGAUAAUAAAAACUAUUUAAUGUGAAGAAUUGAUGUAGUUUCAGCCUAGUUUACUUUACAAUAAAUGAUUCAAGUCACAAUAACUAACUAGUUAAUAAAUCACAGAUAAUAUACCAACCAAUAAAUGACUGAUAAUUUACCAACAAAAAAUAUUGAGAAAAUAACGUAUGCUCUCUGAAAGCAACUGCUCAAAACACAUCUCUCCCAAAACAUCACUAUACAAUGCAAUACACACAGUGCAAUCAUUUCCCAGAGAUUCUAAACAUCUUGUUAGGUUCUCUUGACCUAUCGCUCUCACAUGCCACUCUAAUCUUUGUGACAGGUCAAUAACUAAAAAAACUAAAUGUUUGCUUCGCCAUGUCCAUUCCCACAGUCUUUAUCCCACUGUGAGUUGAUCACCGAUGAAGGAAUUCGCCAGAUCGGCUCCAGCCUUUGUGCCACUGAAAAUCUUCGUAUCCUGGAGCUGGACAACUGCCCCCUGAUAACUGAUGCUGCCUUGGAACAUCUACAGGGUUGUCAGUCCCUUCAACGUAUUGAGAUCUAUGACUGUCAGCUGAUCACUAGGGCUGGUAUUCGUAGACUGAGGGUAGGAGAAGAAAUUCUUAUUGUUGACAUUAAGUGACACAAAACUGAUUUGCCAGAUUGUAUUGGCGGGUUUGAAAUUUCUAGAUAAUUGGUAAUUUUAUGUUUGACGGCCCCCCCCAUCCCCCCCACUUCCCCCCAUGUUCUACCGCAUCUUUGCGAUACUUUCUUUGUUGCCUUACGGUGGAUGUGUCAACAAAGUAGUGCAAAAAAUAACAAAGGGAUGAAAAUAGGGAGGGGAAAUGUAUCGAGUGUGUUUGAGCUACUUAACAAGACAAAUGGAAAUAAGGAAUAGGAUGAAAUGAGUUUGGCUAAUGUUUUAAGGAAGCUUAUGUAAAAAAAGAAAUUUUUUGCAGUUACCGUUGCAUGAGAAUUAUUAUAUUAACCCGCAAGCUGUCCAAUGGGGUAUCAACACUUUUUUUAGUAACUUUGAUGUGUCACUAAAAUAUCCAAAGCUAAUAGAAAUUGAAUUUAGAGACCCAUGUAAAUAUAAAUAAUCUGAUGAGAGUAAAUUGGGCAUGGAAUCAUAUGGUAUGAAUGUUGGAAUUCUGUGAGAUAUGUGAAAUGAAAUUAACCUUGACCUUUCAAAAGUGAGAGUACAAUUGUGCUACUUUUAAUCUUUUGAAACUCACACUUACUGUUGGGUCAUGUUGGUCAUUUAAAUAAAUUUUCAGACACAUAAAAUUAUUUUUUCAAUUUAGAAAAUAUAAAAUUAUUCAGGUUGAUAUAAAUUUUUAAAAAAUUAAAAAAUUAAAUGCCUAUUAAAUUCAUUAGUACCAUUUUCCCCUUUACUUCCAUGAUUAGAACUUGGACUGCUUCAAUAUUGCCAUUGUCACUACCAUGUGGAAGGCCUACAAAACUUCUUCAAAAUAACUUUCUUAAAGAAAUAAUUUAAAUAAAUUAGGCUUUUGUUGAGCAGGGCCAACAUCUGAGGCCAUUAUCACUACCAUGGUUAAGGCCAUGUGAUCAUAUCAACUUGAGUCAGUGAUCAUGUCAACUUGAGUCAGUGAUCAUGUCAACUUGAGUCAGUGAUCAUGUCAACUUGAGUCGGUUAACUUGUCAACUUGAGUCAGUGAUCAUGUCAACUUGAGUCAGUGAUCAUGUAAAAAUAAAUUAUUUCUCUCAUCAUUGCCUCCUGAUCUGUUUGUGGAGGAACCUUAAAAUUAUAUACAAAUGUUACCCAUCCAAGUUUAGCUAUCCAAAUUUACCUAACCUAGUUUAGCUGUCCUUCCUAAUCCAUUUUUUUUAGAUCCAUCACAAUUGCUUAGAAAGUUUAGCAACAUUUAAUACUAUUUAUGUAUGUUAAAUAAUUGGUGGUUGAUCCACAGAAUUAACAUUACGGAUAGCAUGCUGUCGUAUACAGAAAAUAAUUUAAAGGGAGUCAACUAUAUUUUUUUGUCUGUUGUAGAAUCAUCUCCAGGAUAUUUUAGUCCACGCUUACUUCGCCCCAGUAACUCCGCCUCCGUCCGUGGGAGGGGGCAGGCAGCGUUACUGCAAGUGCUGUGUUAUUCUUUGACAAAAUAAGACACUAAUGUACUUCAAAAAUAGAUGAAGGUAAGUAACAGCUUACUGUGUUCUAUCUAACUAGACUAGAGGGCUAUUAAAGAUUGCUGUCAUAGAUGGCUCUAAUGGAUGGCCUAUUAAUGGCUCUAAUACAGGCUUAUAUAAUAUAGGGCCGCAUGUGGUCCACGGGCCGCGUGUGGUCCGCCAGCACCCACUUGGCUACCAGCAAACUAACAAAAUAUUCUUAAUUAUUAUUAUUUUCUUAAUAGCUGUUUUUCCUGUCCUGUUAUCUUUUGGCCCGCACAAGUUUUUCAUAACAUAUUACGGCUCGCACCAGUUUUUCAUAAAGUAUUACGGCCUGUAUUACAUUUUGAGUUGUGCGACCCAGCUCUAAUAGAUGAUUCUUGAAAAUAAAUGGCUCUAAUAUAAGGGUCCCGUAGAUGGCUCUCAUAGGUGGCCCUAAUUAAUGGCUCUCAUAGAUGGCUCUUAAAGAUGGAUCUCUUAGAUUGCUAUUAUAGAUGGCUCUCCUCUUAGAUGGCUCUCAUAGAUGGCUCUGGUGGGGCAAAAUGUCCUAUGUGAAGGUCUUAGAUAUACAGACACUUGUUAGUAUUAAAGGUUUCUACGGAUUCGUUAUUUUGAUGUCGACCUUGUAUCCCAAAUUUCUUGGAAUUAAAGGGUUUGGAAAUUUAAAAGAAAGUAAUUCCUUUUUAAAGAGCAAUUUCAACAAACACAGAUAGGUCCAAAUCCAAAUUCGAUCUUAAUGCCAAGGGUGUUUUUGUAAGCUUCUCAAGUCUCUUGUCUCAGGCUUCCUUAAUCAAUUUCAUAUUUGCUGAUGGUGCAUUUUUUUCUAAUGAAUUUCAGAUGACAAACUAAUCUGCUGUAUCACAGUUAAAGAAUGGUCUUUUCAUCUGUGCAACUUGAUAUAUUUUCAUGAAUGUUGGACAUCUCUACCUGAAUGAUGUAUAUCUCUACCUGAAUGAAGGACAUCUCUACCUGAAUGAAGGAUGUCUCUACCUGAAUGAAGGAUGUCUCUACCUGAAUGAAGGACAUCUCUACUCGAAUGUCAUCGCUGCUUGAAAGCUGAUAAUUGGUCUUAAAAUGCAGUAAAUAGCCAAGAGUUUGAAAGUCUGAGAGUGAAAUUUUUCUUCCAGAGUCAAUGCACCUUCUUGAUAAGGUAAAGGUUUCAAAACCAUCAUUUCUCAUACACACCACUUGAAGAAGGCCAUUAUUAUUAUUUCAUCUUGUUUACAUUUUGAUCAACAUUGUUUGGUUCAAAUCUGAUGAUUAUGAUAUCAUUAUAGAUCCAGUUUGAAAUAUGUUUGAUUGCUGUAAUAAGCUGGUCACCUGCACUGGUUUGUUGAAUUGUAGAACUUGCUUCAGUCAAGUUUACUGGACCAGAAUACAAAAAAUAACAUUUUACCAUUCAAUGAAACAAGACAACAAAAACAUUGACAGUCAUUUCUAUUCAUAUCACAGCCAUUUAAUUUCGCAUUUGAAAUUUUGCAUACCUGUGGCAAUUGUGGCAAUCUCAUCUUUAAGUUAAAAGAGAUUUGUUACUUGGAGGGGAUCAAAGGUAAAAUAAAUCUUUCAAGUUUUUAAAAUCCACCAUCACCCUGACGAUAGCCUGUGCUUGUUUGAGGACACUUGGCCCAGAAAUGGUCACACUGUUAUGGAAGAAAUGGUCACACUGUUAUGGAAGAAAUGGUUGCACUGUUAUGGAAGAAAUGGUCACACUGUUAUGGAAGAAAUGGUUGCACUGUUAUGGAAGAAAUGGACAAGGUUUUUGUUUUGUUUGUCUUUCAUCAAUUUUGUUGAUGUAUUUAAAAUAAGAAGUGAAAGAGUAUUUUCAUUACUUGCCAUGUAUGACAUCCACCAUUUCUCAAUGUAAUGGGGUUCAUUAUGACCAGGAAGUAAGCUUGCCCUGAGUUCAUUAUGACCAGGAAGUAAGCUUGCCCUGGGUUGGCUGUUAAGCCAUGUUAAAUAUAGAAAACAUGGACCUCAAAACUUUAUAAUCUUACCAACAUAUUUUCAUUGCAAAAACCUUGUGUAGUUGCUACACUUUCACUUUCAGCUGUUGUUUUUGUUUUGUUGCAUUGAUAAUAGUGUUGAAAUUGUUGCUUCCAUAUUUUGAACCUUAUCCACACCCGGAUGCACAAGGCUGAUCAAUAAAGUGAAAUCCAUUCUUAAUCCACAUUUAAUAUCCGUAGUGAAUAUGCCAUUAGAAAAGUGCAUAUUAACAAAACCAGCCAAGGCCUCGGCAAGCUUCUAGAAGAAUACAGUACACUCAGUACAUGACAGACUGUAGGAUGCCAUGCACUCGGUACAUGACAGACUGACAUACAAAAUUGUAACUUCAUAACACGAGUGCGCCAUUUAAAGAAAGACAGAGAGAGAGAGAGAUUUGGUCUUGUUCAACAGCUCUCAUCUGUCCAUGAAAAUCAGUCUUGAACCAACAUUACUCUUGACAUUUCUCAUCAGUCUUGAAACAACAUUACUCUUGACAUUUCUCAUCAGUCUUGAACCAACAUUACUCUUGACAUUUGUCAUGAGUCUUGAACCAACAUUACUCUUGACAUUUCUCAUCAGUCUUGAACUAAAAUUACUCUUGACAUUUCUCAUCAGUCUUGAACCAACAUUACUCUUUACAUUUCUCAUGUAUUUAACCUACAUGUAAAGUUGCAAGUUUCUUGUUACCAGACAAAACUGAAAUCCAACUUAUAAUAAAUGAAUGCAAAAAUCUCUUUUCCCCCAUAGAGCAGAACUAGUAACUUUGGCCCCAUAGAUCAGAACUAGUAACUUGGGCCCCCCUAGAACAGAACUAUUAACUUGGGCCACAUAAAACAUAACUAUUAACUUUGGACCAUAGAGCACAACUAUUAACUUUGGCCCCAUAGAACAGAACUAUUAACUUUUGCCCCAUAGAACAGAACUGUUAACUUUGGCCCCAUAGAACAGAACUAUUAACUUGGGCCACUUAGAACAGAACUAUUAACUUGGGCCCCAUAGAACAGAAAUAUUAACUUUGGCCUCAUAGAACAGAACUAUUAACUUGGGCCACUUAGAACAGAACUAUUAACUUGGGCCACUUAGAACAGAACUAUUAACUUGGGCCACUUAGAACAGAACUAUUAACUUGUGCCACUUAGAACAGAACUAUUAACUUGGGCCUCAUAGAACAGAACUAUUAACUCACGAACUGUGGCAUGCAUCAUUCUGUGGUGUGGAGCUUUUCAGAGCGUUUUGAGUGCCAUUUGAAAUGACAUUAAAUGACAUAGAAAUAUUGAUACAAGACCCCUAUUCCCUAUAAGUAUUAAUUUUUAGAAAGGUAAAUGGCUGGGGAUAAAGUUGGCCAUAUUGCCCACCCUGUAAAAAAAAGUUUGCUCAUUGUCCCUACCUUGGGGUUCUCAAGAAAAAAAAAUCGACAAAAUGUCUUGCUUUCAAGUGCUCAUAACAUCAUUAAUUCUUAUAGAUACACUUAAAACACAAAUCAAAAUGUUGUAGCCAAUUCAUUUAUCUUUAAGAAAAUGUAUAGUUUGCUAAGGUUUCGAUUGCAAUUAAACCUCUGAAAGCAAUUUUAGUAAUUUUAGGUCAUUU